CUUCUUUGCGAUGUGCUGUUAGAACCCACUCCAGGACUACCCCAGAAGUAGGAAGCCCGAGGCGUGGAGUGGAUGAAUAUCCCGAUGAGAGAUCCAGUGAUCCCUGGGACAAGCAUGGCUUAUCACCCCUUCUUACCUCACCGGGCCCCGGACUUUGCCAUGAGCGCCGUGCUGGGCCACCAACCCCCCUUCUUCCCGGCCCUGGCUUUGCCUCCCAACGGGGCUGCCGCCCUCUCCCUGCCCGGGGCUCUGGCUAAACCCAUCAUGGAUCAGUUAGUGGGGGCUGCAGAGACUGGUAUCCCCUUUUCUUCCCUGGGCCACCAGGCAGCAGCUCAUCUGAGGCCUUUAAAAACUCUGGAGCCCGAAGAAGAGGUGGAAGAUGACCCGAAAGUGCAUCUGGAAGCCAAAGAACUUUGGGAGCAAUUCCAUAAAAGAGGCACGGAGAUGGUGAUUACCAAAUCAGGAAGGAGAAUGUUUCCUCCAUUUAAAGUGAGAUGCACUGGACUGGAUAAAAAGGCCAAGUACAUUUUAUUGAUGGAUAUUGUGGCGGCUGACGAUUGUAGGUACAAAUUCCAUAAUUCCCGGUGGAUGGUAGCCGGCAAAGCUGACCCUGAAAUGCCAAAGAGAAUGUACAUCCACCCGGACAGUCCGGCCACCGGCGAACAAUGGAUGUCCAAAGUCGUCACUUUUCACAAGCUGAAGCUCACUAACAAUAUCUCUGACAAGCACGGAUUUACCAUUUUAAACUCCAUGCACAAGUACCAGCCCCGGUUCCACAUCGUGCGAGCCAACGAUAUCCUCAAGCUUCCCUAUAGCACGUUCAGGACCUACGUUUUCCCGGAGACGGAAUUCAUCGCAGUGACCGCAUACCAGAAUGAUAAGAUAACUCAAUUAAAAAUCGACAACAACCCUUUUGCCAAAGGUUUCCGUGAUACUGGCAAUGGAAGGAGAGAGAAAAGGGUCCCCAGGAAGGGGGUCCCGCCGUCCAGCAUCUCCAGCAGCUCCGCUCGACGUGUCCAGAUCGGCCCUCGGGGCAGGUUUCCCCAGGGGCUGGCGGGGGCAGAAGCAGCUGCCCCUGCAGUCCAUGCGGGGGGACGAAGACAGCAGACCGCCUUCAAGUGCUUUGCGCAGGCCUGUCCCGCCGCGCCGUCCGUGGGCACUUCCAGCCUCAAGGAUCUCUGCCCCAGUGAAGGGGACAGCGACGCGGACAGCAAGGACGAGGCCCUGCUGGAAGCGAACGACUCGGGCAAGAUCAGCACGACCACGGUCGCCCCCCCGGCGCCGGGCAGCUCCGCGGCGGGGGCCGCGCACCCCCGCGACAAUGCCCAGCAUCCCGAAGCUCCAGGUUUCUGCCGCGAGGAGGAGGAUGGAGCGACGCGGGAGGCGGCUGCCCUGGCGCCUGGCGGCGGCUCCCGGCGCGACGCUGCGUUCCCGCAUCCCGGAACACCGGGAUCCCCCGGGAGCGGCGGCACCAGAGGGAGGCGGGGAAGGUGCCUGUGUCCCUGCUCCGCGGCCCUGCGCGGUGCGGAGCGGGGCAGCGCGGCUCCCGCGGCCGGUGCCGUGCGGGUUCCCGGGGCCGGUGUCGCGGUCGCUCCGCCGCUCCUGCAGUGCCACCUGGUGGGGGUAGCCCGGCGGCGCGGGCCCCGCUGCUGA